CUUUUCCAUUGGGCGCCUAUAAAACGGCAGCGUUUGGCGAAAAGCCAAACCUAUCAACAAAAAACGGCAGGUCCAGCCUUGUUAAUCCACUCCCCAAAACCCUAACUUCGUCGUCAACACACCCUAUAUAUACCAAACUUUAGGGUUUCCUCCUACUUCACUUGCCUCCUCCUCUCCCUUUCCGUAGCUCAGAGUCAGCGAAAACCCACCGGCAGAGGAGCAGGAAAAUGGCCACCGAGACUCUCAUCCUCCGCGGAACCAUGAGGGCUCACUGCGACAUGGUCACCGCCAUCGCCACCCCAAUUGACAACACCGAUAUGAUCGUCACCGCCUCCCGCGAUAAAUCUAUCAUUCUCUGGCACCUCACCAAGGACAGCGGCACCUACGGCGUCCCACGCCGCCGUCUCACCGGCCAUUCCCACUUCGUCCAGGACGUCGUCCUCUCCUCCGACGGCCAGUUUGCUCUCUCUGGCUCCUGGGAUGGCGAACUCCGUCUCUGGGAUCUCGCCGCCGGCGUCUCCGCCCGCCGAUUUGUCGGCCACGAGAAGGACGUCCUCUCCGUCGCAUUCUCGAUCGACAACCGGCAGAUCGUUUCCGCCUCCCGCGAUCGCACGAUUAAGCUCUGGAACACUCUGGGCGAGUGCAAGUACACUAUUCACAACGAAGAAGCCCACACCGAUUGGGUCAGCUGCGUCCGCUUCAGCCCCAACACUCUGCAGCCCACCAUUGUUUCAGCUUCGUGGGAUCGGACCGUUAAGGUCUGGAACUUGACGAACUGCAAGCUGCGGAACACGCUGGUGGGACACGGUGGCUACGUGAACACGGUGGCCGUGUCGCCUGAUGGAUCGCUUUGCGCCAGUGGUGGCAAAGAUGGAGUUAUCUUGCUUUGGGAUUUGGCUGAGGGAAAGAAAUUGUACUCGCUUGAUGCCGGUGCAAUUAUUCACGCGCUUUGCUUCAGUCCAAAUAGGUAUUGGCUUUGUGCGGCAACUGAGAGCAGUAUCAAGAUUUGGGAUUUGGAGAGCAAAUGCAUCGUGGAGGAUUUGCGGAUUGAUCUUAAGGCCGAGGCUGAGAAGAGUGACGAUACCACCAAAACUACCUCUACAAAAAAUAAGGUUAUAUACUGCACGAGCUUGAACUGGAGUGCUGAUGGAAGCACACUGUUUAGUGGUUAUACUGAUGGUGUAAUCAGAGUUUGGGGUAUUGGUCGUUACUGAAGCAAGUUUUCAAGUAAUUGUUAGAUUGUUGUUGCUUUGCUUUUUCCUUUUUGAGGAACAAGAUGCACUUCUGUCAUUUUAGCACUGAGGCUUAUCUAGGACUCCCAUUGAAAUGUUGAAUGGAUUUUUUGUUAUUUCAGCCUGGUGGCUUUUUGGCCACAUAUAUUUUGGUUUUGUUCUUAUGAUGUUCGAUAUAAAUUGUUAUUUGACUAUUUAUCUAAGUUGUUUUUGCA